AUGUCCGAGACGGCUCCCGCAGCUUCGACUGUACCUGUUCCGGGCAUUAUGGAGAAGCCUCCGGUCAAAAAGCGAGGGAAGAAACCCGUUGGUUUGACUGGUGCCAGUCGCAAUGUUCGGAAUGCCUCAGUAUCCAAGUUGAUCACUGAUGCUCUGUCCAUGUCUGAAGAACGGUCAGGGAUGUCCUUGGCCGCGCUCAAGAAAGCGUUGGCAGCUGCCGGCUACGACGUGGAGAGGAAUAAUACCCGCAUCAAGCUGGCUCUGAAGAGCUUGGUGAACAAGGGGAUUUUGGUUCAGACCAGAGGCACUGGUGCCUGCGGAUCCUUCAAACUCGGCAAAAAGGCUGCUCCUGAAACAAAGGGCAAAGCCAAAAAGCCUGGAAAGUCCAAGAAGCUGGUGUUAUCCAGGGAUUCGAGAUCUCAAAAGAACGCCAAGAACAACAAGGGCGUCAAGAAGCCGAAGGCUACACCUAAGAAAACCGCCGGCAGUGGAAGGAAAGGCAAAGGGGCAAAGGGCAUUCAACAGCGCAAGAGUCCGGCGAAGGUGACUGGAGGGAAGCCCAAAGCUGGCAAGCCAAAGCUGGGCCUGCAGAAAGCUACAAAGAAGGCAACGUCGAAGUGA